AUGGCCCCGCCGCGGGAGCCGGGCGGCGGCGGGGGCGGGCUGGUGGUGCUGCUGCGGCUGGUGGCGGCGGUGGGGCUGUGGGUGGCGCGGGGCGCUUGGGGCUUCGGCGACGAGGAGGAGCGGCGCUGCGACGCCAUCCGCAUCGCCAUGUGCCAGAACCUGGGCUACAACGUCACCAAGAUGCCCAACCUGGUGGGCCACGAGCUGCAGACCGACGCCGAGCUGCAGCUGACCACCUUCACGCCGCUCAUCCAGUACGGCUGCUCCAGCCAGCUGCAGUUCUUCCUUUGUUCGGUCUACUUCCCGAUGUGCACCGAGAAGAUCAACAUCCCGAUCGGCCCCUGUGGCGGCAUGUGCCUCUCGGUCAAACGGCGCUGCGAGCCGGUCCUGAAAGAAUUUGGCUUCUCGUGGCCCGAAAGCUUGAACUGUAGCAAAUUCCCCCCGCAGAAUGACCACAACCAUAUGUGCAUGGAAGGCCCGGGGGACGAAGAGGUCCCCCUUCACAGCAAAGCCCCCUUGCACCCGGGGGAAGAGUGCCACACGGUGGGAUCUAACUCAGACCAGUACAUCUGGGUCAAAAGAAGUCUGAACUGCGUUCUCAAGUGCGGCUACGACGCCGGCCUCUACAGCCGGUCGGCGAAGGAGUUCACCGACAUCUGGAUGGCCGUGUGGGCCAGCCUGUGCUUCGUGUCCACCGCCUUCACGGUCUUGACCUUCCUGAUCGAUUCCUCUCGGUUUUCCUACCCCGAGCGCCCCAUCAUCUUCCUGAGCAUGUGUUACAAUAUUUAUAGCAUUGCUUACAUUGUCCGGCUGACCGUGGGCCGGGAGAGGAUUUCCUGUGAUUUUGAAGAGGCGGCAGAACCUGUUCUUAUCCAAGAGGGCCUCAAGAACACAGGAUGUGCUAUAAUUUUCUUGCUGAUGUACUUUUUCGGCAUGGCGAGCUCCAUCUGGUGGGUGAUCCUGACGCUGACGUGGUUUCUGGCGGCGGGGCUCAAGUGGGGUCAUGAGGCCAUCGAGAUGCACAGCUCCUAUUUCCACAUCGCCGCCUGGGCGAUCCCGGCAGUGAAGACCAUCGUCAUCUUGAUCAUGCGGCUGGUUGACGCAGACGAGCUGACCGGGCUGUGUUAUGUCGGCAACCAGAACCUUGAUGCGCUCACGGGCUUCGUGGUGGCCCCUCUGUUCACCUACCUGGUGAUCGGGACGCUCUUCAUAGCCGCCGGCUUGGUGGCCUUAUUUAAAAUCCGGUCCAACCUGCAAAAGGACGGGACAAAAACGGACAAGCUCGAGCGACUGAUGGUGAAAAUCGGGGUCUUCUCGGUGCUCUACACCGUCCCGGCCACCUGCGUCAUCGCGUGUUACUUCUACGAGAUCUCCAACUGGACUAUCUUCCGCUACUCGGCGGACGACUCCAACAUGGCGGUGGAAAUGCUUAAAAUUUUCAUGUCCCUUCUCGUGGGGAUCACGUCGGGCAUGUGGAUCUGGUCGGCCAAGACGCUGCACACUUGGCAGAAGUGCUCGAACAGGCUGGUGAACUCGGGGAGGGUAAAAAGGGGCGAGAAACGAGCCGACAGCUGGGCAAAACCUAGUAAAGGGAACGAGACUGUGGUAUAAACGCG